CCGAGGGCAGCACAUGCUGACUGCAGUUGUUUCUUGCGAUGUCUUCUGCCGUUACCUCUGAAGGAGUUACGAGGAAGAACGCGCUUGAGCAGGCACUUUCGCAUUCUGUGAAAGAAUUACAACGGCACUAUGCAACGCAACCGACUGGAUUCGUCCUGACAAGUUCGAGUGCAUUUGCGAAUGAGCUGUGCUCUGUGCUUGAGGCUUUGUUUCUUCACGAGUUGAAAAUGUCUCUGUCUGCAAAGGUGUCGUCUUCUUUGGCAAAAUUAGAUGUUAGACGCAAGAACACCACAAGUGUGGCAUCACAGACAUUCUGGCCUCUCCUUGUUGCAUGUAGUCCCAAAGAUGUUGUGACACAAUUGUCACGCUUGGCUCUCGUCACAACUGAAAUAGGGCAAUGCAGGUCUUGGAUCAGAUUGGCUCUGAAUGAUGGAUUGAUUGAAAACUAUUUUGAAGCUGUACUUGUUGAUAGAUCUUUGAUUAGCUCAAUGUAUAAGCAGACAGCAUUCAUUUUGGAUCAAGAAUUGACAUUUGCUACUAGAUCUUUGCUUCAAGGUCUCACGAUUCUUACCUUCAAGUUGACUUAUGACAGUGAUGAUCUCAACACGUGGCCUUCAGUCUCACUGCAGUUAGCUGGCUUGCAAGAAUUGCCAACAGAACAAACAAGUGACCACUCAGUGAUGGCAUCUUAUGAUCCUAUGGCCAGUUUUAGUACACUUGGCUCAGCUCUGAAAGCAAGAGAAAUAGGCAAACAAGAGGCUUCAGAUUCAGAACAAUCUCAGACUCAUAAGGUAAAGUCAACAGGUGGUCACAAAAAAAGAAGCAAACCAAGAAAUCUUAUCCCAGCAAGAAUUGCUGAGGAAAGAGACAGAACCGAAUCAAGGCACUCGAAUACAAUAAUUGGUAGCUAUACAAAGGAUCACAAUUUUAAACACAGCGAUGGCGACAGAGGUGAAACUGCUGUCAACACAGAUGAUGGAGAAGGCACUGACUUUACAGUUAUGUCAGACGACAGAAAAGAAGACAAGACUGAACCUAUUUUAAUUCAGACGGUAGGAAAAUCUCGACCUCAUACUAAAGGACGAUCAGCAACUGACGUUUCAGACAUUUCAUUGUCCCUUCGACGGCAAGAGGAUGGCUUUAAUGUUCCUCCUCAUCUUGACACUUCCGAGGCAUCAGUUGUUGGGACACCAGCAGAUAGCUUUGGAUUUUUGCUGAAGAAACAUCAAAGACGAAGGUCGCACCCUGCAAGGUGGACGAUAGACAGAGAUACUCGGCCUUCUAACCUGGAAGAUUUGGCCAAUUUAUCAUAUGACAUGGUUACUCCGUCAGGAACAACCGCAACUCAGCAAGGAGAGGAGUAUGAUGAGAAUGCAGAACUGAUGGGAUAUGAAGUAAUACAAAGUAGCCCAUCUCAGUCACCACCAGCAACACCAUCUAUGGAGUCUCGUCAAAAUCUUCUUACUCACAUCAGUCGUGAGCAAGGGCUUGACUCACAGAAUUUUCAGUGUCGUGAUUGCUCAGCGCCUAUUGGCAUGAUAUUUGGGCAUGCCAAGGUGUGCACAUUUAAUGCUAGAUACUAUUGUAAAGAUUGUCACAAAGAUGAAGAGGUUCUUAUCCCUGCUCGAAUCAUUCACAACUGGGACUUCAAUAAACAUAAAGUUUGUCACAGCAAUAAAGAAUACUUGGACUCUAUCGAAGAAGAACCUUUGUUCAACUUGGCCAAAAUCAACCCAAGUCUGUAUGAUCAUGUGCCUGAGUUGAAAGAUGUCAGGAAGUGGCGUCAUCAAUUAGGUGCACUUGUGCCUUAUGUCUACACAUGUCAGACACGAGUAUGGGAAGACUUUAGGAAGAAAGUUUGGGGGAAAGAAUAUUUGUUUGAGAACGAAGACCUUUACUCCAUUGCAGAUUUCUUGCAUGUGCAGUCACACCAGUUGGCAUCAUACCUGAAGAAGUCUGUCUCAUCGGCUCUGAAACACGUUCAUCGUUGCAAGGUGUGCUGCCAGAAAGGGUUCAUUUGUGAAAUUUGUAAUAAUCCAAAGAUUAUCUACCCAUUUGAAGUGCAUUCAACGUCUCAGUGUCAAAAGUGCCAGUCGGUGUUUCACAAAUCAUGCAAAACAACCUAUGAUUGUCCAAAGUGUGCAAGACUUAAUGAACGUCAGCAACGAAGACAGCAAGAGCAAGAAGCCAUUGAUGAACCUUCACCACCACCUACUUUUGCAGGCGAUCAGUAA